AUGGAGGAUCAUUUCCUAUCAUUCCCUCUACUUCUUAGUCUUAUCCUUCUUAUGUUUUUUAUCCUUAAAGUGGGAAAGAGAUUCAAAAACACUGGCACAACUUCAAAUUUUCCACCAGGUCCUUGGAAGCUGCCAAUACUAGGAAACAUACAUCAUUUAAUUGGCAGUCUUCCUCACCAACGCAUGAGUGAACUGUCCCAAAAAUAUGGCCCUCUCAUGCACCUACAACUUGGAGAGACCUCAGCCAUAGUGGUUUCUUCCCCAGAAAUUGCCAAAGAGGUGUUGAAAACCCAUGAAGUCACAUUUGCUCAUAGACCUCGCUUGGUUGCAGCAGAAAUUGUAACUUAUGGUUGCACUAACAUCACCUUUUCACCCUAUGGAGACUAUUGGAAGCAGAUAAGAAAAAUAUGCACCAUGGAGCUGUUGAGUACUACACGUGUGAGAUCAUUCCAAUCAAUCAGGGAGGAAGAGGUGUCAAAUUUGGUAAGAAAUAUUUCUACCAACAUCGGAUCCACCAUCAACCUCACGGAUGAAGUUUUAUCCGCGCAAUAUAACAUCAUUGCGAGGGAAGCUUUUGGUGAUAUAUGCAAGGACCAUGAAGCUUAUAUCUUAUUUAUCAAGAAGAUUAUGAGAAUGAACCAAGCUUUGGAUGUUACUAAUUUGUUUCCUUCCCAACAUUGGUUACACGUAGUUACUGGAAUGAUUCAUAAAUUGAAGGAAAUACACAGAACUGGUGAUAGGCUUCUUGAAAAUAUAAUCAAUGCAGCAACAACAAAGAAUGGUGGAGAUGGAAAUCUUCUGUUCGUUCUUCUUAAUAAGAAAGAUGGUGUAGACCCAGAAUUUCAUUUGACAGUCGAAAACAUCAAAGCCAUUAUUCAGGACAUUUUUAUUGCUGGAAGUGAGACAUCAUCUGUAGCUGUUGAUUGGGCUUUCUCAGAAAUGAUGAAAAACCCUAGAGUACUAAAAAGAGCUCAAGCAGAAGUUAGGCAAGUUUUUGGUGGCAAAGGAUGUGUUGAUGAAAUGGCUCUUCAUGAAUUGAAAUAUCUAAAAGCUGUCAUUAAAGAAACUUUGAGAUUACACCCUCCUGGUCCUCUGCUACUUCCAAGAGAGUGUGGCGAAACAUGUGAGAUUAAUGGAUACACAAUACCAGCUGGAACCCAAGUGUAUGUAAAUGCAUGGGCAAUUGGAAGAGACCCAAAAUACUGGAUUGAAGGAGACAAGUUCUAUCCUGAGAGAUUCUUGGAUUCUCCAAUUGACUACAUGGGUUCAGAUUUUGAGUACAUACCAUUUGGUGCAGGAAAGAGAAUAUGUCCUGCCACUAUUUUUGCUGCAACUAAUAUGGAACUUCUUAUAGCACAGUUGCUCUACUAUUUUGAUUGGAAACUUCCCUUUGGAAUUAGUGGUGAAAAUUUUGACAUGAGUGAAGUUUUUGGUGCUACAGUGAGAAGGAAAGAAGAUCUCUUUGUAAUUCCUAUUUCUUACAAUCACGUGCCUUUUGAAUAA